AACCACAAGAAAAAAAAUGGCGAGCAUCAAUUCAAUCUUCAACCGCUUCAGGUUUCGCUGGCCAAAAAGCUCGCCGCCUCCGGUUGUCCGUUCAUGCUGCCGCCUCUUAAAAAAUCACCGGCAAAGAUCGGGAAUUUUGGGUCGGAUCAGAAGCUUAAGUUUUGCCUCAUCUGCCUCUUCUGAUUCCAUAGACGCUUCUUGUUCUGCCUCCUCUAAUCGCGCCAUUAAAUAUGAGCGUUUGCUUCCGUGUCCCUCACAGAAUUUCCCCCCCAGAGUUGAACACUUAGUUGUUAUGAGGGAAGGGCCUGUCAUGGAGUACAUUAGUGAAGCAUUGGAUUUGCCUCAACUAUCUUAUUCAUUUUGGAGCUGUAUAUUAUGCGUUAGUAUGUCCAAAGCCACCACCCACUGCUACACCUGAGCAAAUUCGUUUAUAUGAAGAAGUUACAGCUCCAUCACUUUUAAAGAAGAGAGCAUCGGUUAAAUGUAAAACAUUUAGGGAAGCACAGAAAACGUUCCGUAUUACUUCUGCUCACCACAUCGUUGAACCCGGAACUUACCUACGGGUGCAUGUACACCCAAAACGCUUUCCUAGGUGCUACGAGAUCAAUUGGAAGUCUAGAAUUCUUGUUGCGGCGGAAAACUAUGUGGUUUUAGACAAGCCUGCAGGCACAUCUGUUGGGGGAACCACAGACAACAUUGAAGAGAGCUGUGCUACAUUUGCUACUCGUGCAUUAGGACUAACAACUCCUUUGCUCACUACCCAUCAGAUUGAUAAUUGUACUGAAGGAUGUGUUGUGUUGGCACGAACAAAGGAGUACUGCUCGGUAUUCCAUGGAAAAAUUAGGGAAAAAAAGGUGAAAAAGCUUUAUCUUGCUCUGGCCACAUCUCCUGUCCCAAUCGGAAUAAUGACGCAUUACAUGCGUCCUAUUAAUUCUGCCCCAAGAAUUAUUUCGGACGAGUUUGUAAAAGGAUGGCAAAUGUGCAAACUUGAGGUCUUGGAAUGCAAGAAGAUACCCUGGCCCCGGAGUUCAAUUGAAAGGGAAUAUGGUAUUUAUGAUUGUGGAGGGCACUCAAAGGAUUUUGCAUUUGAGUGUAAAAUUAAUCUUCUGACUGGUCGAACUCAUCAGAUUCGUGCCCAAUUAGCAGCCUGCUUUGCACCUAUAGUGGGGGAUUCAAUGUAUAUGCCUGCUGCUAUGGCUGAGAUGGACAGUCCCGGGUGCAACCCAUAUGGAAAUAACAAAAAAGAAUAUGCAAGUGAGAAUGAUAAAGCAUUAGCUGUUGAAGAGUGGAUUGCACAACAUGGAAAAGAGCCUACUAUUGCUGUUGGUCUUCAGGCAUGCGAAAUUUCAUGGGAUGGUGGAGAGUACCUUUAUGAGGCCAGGUCUCCCUGGUGGAGAUUAUGACCCUUGUAGUUCAUGUUAAUAGCCUCAAUACCUGGCUAUGUCAAAACCUUUUUCUUUUUGAGGAAAGUAUUGUGCAAUGGUUCAUAUUGAUAACACUACUCAUGGAGCCAUAGAGGAUGAAGUCCCUCAUCAAUUUAAGCUUUAACACCUUGUGUUGGACUCUUGUUGCUUGCUAGUAGGGUCUAAU